AUGGACAUCAAAGCGGAUAACGAGGAAAUUGCUGCCUGUUGUUCAAAUGAAUUAGAGCUGGACAACCACAUUGGUCCCAGUAGGAGUUUUUAUUGGGCAAGUAACAACUUUGCUGGGAAAUGUUUGAUCCAGAGCUUUCUGAUCCUCCGGAAAGCUGACAUAUAUUAUCCGUUCACUGUCAAAGGAAUUAAGAUUCAUAGUACAGUAAAUCUUUUUUCCGCAAUCUCCCAAGUUCAAAACCUUAGGCUAUCCUUUGAAAUUUUUGAGAUUUUAUCAAAAAGAUAUUUUGAAUUCGGUGGUCUGCCACCAUGUUCAUUUAUAAACCUCAAGAGCUUACAAAUUGAUACAAGUUGGAGCAAAUCUUACAUCCCAGGUAUAGCAUGCUUAUUCAAGAGUUCUCCAGUAGUCCACACUCUUGGAAUUGAGAUAAAGUCUUAUUGCGCGCCAGACAAUAAAUGGAACAACAAUUUGUUGGACAAUGGCCACUGCACUAAAGAGCAAUUCUGGGAUGCUGAAGCUCAAACUCUGAGUCCCUUCCUAUGCCACCUGAAGGUGGUGAAGAUUAGGGUUUUCCAAAAGAUGGGGCAUGAGGGUGUGAUUAGCAUAGCAAGUUUCUUGCUUGAACAUGGAAAGAACUUGCAGGAAAUGAUUAUCAUUACUCCGAAGUACUACAAAGCCUCUGAUGUAGCAGCUUGGAAGGAUAAGAUUGGUAUAAUAGAGGGACUCUCUCGGGGAUCAACUGAUGUCAAAACCUCAUACUUAACUGCUGAUAUGUAG